AUGAAGCAAUUUAAUCCUAGUUGCUCUACCCAAUAUGAAGUCACUUCCAGUAGUAAGGAAAACAACAAAUUGACAAACUGCGUCAUUAGUGAAAUUUUUAAACUAGAGUUAAAAGAUAUAUUGAAAAACCUUUCGAACGAAAAAGAAAUUAAUGAUAGUAUAGAUUUUGUGAAUGAUAAAAUAAACACAUUAUGCAAUUUUAUCAACAAAACUGCUAAAGAAAAAUAUGAAUAUUUUUAUAAAUACAUUGACAGAUUAAGAAAUGCACAGAAUACAAAAAAAUGGAAUACAUAUGACUUAGCAAAUAUUGAAAAAAAAUAUAAUGCAAAUUAUGAACAGUUAAGGAAAAAAAAAAAACAGGUAUUAUCAUUAAUCAACCAAAAAAGAUGUUUAAUCGAAAUUGAGAAAAUUGUAAGAUUAUACGAAAUAACGGAUAUAGAAAUAAAAAAUUUAUGUGAUGAAAUAAAAAGCAAUAAACACUUGGACUUAUUCAAUUUUGGUAAAAUCGACAGUGAAAUGGAAAAAGUGGGAAACAGUAGUAAUAACAAUAUGAGUAAUAAUUCCCAAAAUUCCAUUGAUCACAAUAAUAUUAAUAUUAAUGGAGGCGAAUACUUUGAAAUGUCAGACACGGAUGGACAUACCAAUGCUUCCUUCAAUUUAAACUUUAGCCUUUUUGUAAAAUACAUAAAGAGAUUAACUAAUUUGAGAAAUUUUAUUGUGUAUCAUAAUAUUCAAAAUAUAUCUCUAUUUGAUUUAAGCUUAAAAAAAAUAAAGUUGUAUGAAAGUUACAUAAUAAAUAUAUGUGUUAGCUAUUUAUCAAAUAGUUUUUUGGAAGAUGAAAAUUAUGAGAAUAAGGUAAAACAUUGCCUGAAUGUGUUUAGUUAUUUAAAUAUGGAAAAAGAUUGUCUAAAAAAAAUACUAAUUAAUAAAAUAAACAGAGUAACUUUAUACAUUUCAAAUAUAAAGAAGCAAAACAGAAAUGUAAGAAAAAGUUUUUUCUUAAUUCUACAAUAUUGUAAAAAUAGUAUAGACCAAAUUAGUUACAUUAAUGAGAUUAUUAAAGACAAUUACUACAUGGAAGAAAUAAUAAAAAUUGAAAAAGAAAAAGAAAAAGAAAAAACAUUUGAUCAUAGUAGUUAUUCAAGUUAUACAAAUGACUCAUUUAAUGAAGGAAAAAAGUGUAACACUAUACAUAUAUAUAGCGAAUUUUACGUACCAUAUAUGAACGUAUUAAUAAAUAAUAAAGUAAAUAAAUUUAUAAAAAAGGAAGAUAUCCUAUAUGUGUUAAAUUUAAUUGAAGAAUUUUUACAUAUUAUAAGAAAUAAGAAUGAUUUCAAGGUUCAUGAGAAGGAUUUGUUACAAAAUUUAUUUAGUAAAGAAUAUGAAGAAAUAACAUUUAAUUCUAUUAACAAGCUUGUAAACUUAGUAGAGAUGUUAUUUCAAAAAACAAAUAUAAGAAAUAAUAUAGAAUACGAGCAUGAUUAUAACUUCCCAACUAUAUUCGAUAUUAAGAAUUAUGUUGAUGUUUUUUAUAAAGAAUUAUUUACACAUAUAUUUUAUCCUCAUGUAUUUCGUAAAAUUAUAGUUUCUUGUAAUAACUCUUUGUUGUUAUUGAGUAAUAAUUUAAAUAAUUUAAAACAAAAUAUAAAUGUGCAUAUUGAGAUAGAUAAAAAGAAUAAAUAUAUCACCUUUGACCUUAAUCAUAAAAGUUUCAAAUAUAAUUUAGAGCUUUUUUUAAUUAGUAGACAACUUCUGAGAUACUUAAUAUAUAAUUUAGCACAGCUCAAGAGAAAAAUAAGAGAAAUAAAAAGUUGUACUAUGAAAGUUAGAGCUGUACAAGCGAUCAACGGAAAAUAUGAAAUAUCGAAUUUUUUACUUAACAAAGCAAGGGAUGAGAUAGAGGAUGAGGAUGAAAAUAUGAGGGGGAACGAACACCUUUCCCAGACGAAUUAUUCUGAUAACUAUUUGAUUAUGUUAUCAUUUAAGGAAUCCUAUGAUGAUUUUUUUAAUUUUCAAGAUUAUUUAAACAAUUACUUUUCUGAUAAUUUGUUAUAUAUAGAAGAAGAGGAAAACAAAGAAAAGAAGAGAAUGGAAAAUCAUGAGAUGAGGAAAAAAAAAGAAAAAGAAAGAAUAACAGAUGUAAGAACAAACAUAACGACGAAACUAAAAGUAGAGAUCGAGCAAAACGCUGCAAAUUUACCAAAGGACAAAUCUAAUCACGAAGAUGAAAAUGAAAAAGAAGACAAAUAUGAAGAUGAAGCAAAGAAGCUAGCUAAUUUUGAAAUAAAUUUUAUCUCCGAUGUAAAGCAUAACUCAUUUAAUAUGAAUGAUUUUUAUACCAUAUUCGAUGAAGAAGAAAACUAUGAAAUUACUUCUUUUUUCAUUAAAGAGAGAAACAAAAAAAAAAAAAAAAAUUUUUUCGAUUUAAUUGAAUUAGAAAAAGGAGUAUGUGAAUUAAAUAAUGUAGUAAAUUCAUGUAUAUAUGAAUAUUUUGAAAGUUUUGAAAAGAAAGUUAUAUCUUAUUUUAAGGACAAUUUGGAAAUGUUAAGCACAGAUGAUGUGCAUUCAUUAUUUGAUCAGUUAUGUGUUUAUUUUAAUGAUAACAUAAUUCAUUGUAUACCUUUAUAUGAAUGUACGCAGAUGAUAAAUAAUUUAAUUAAUAGAAUAAUAAUUUAUUUAAUUACCUUUUCAAGUUAUUAUUCAAUUAACCAAAUGGACAUAUAUCUAUUUAAAUAUUAUGAAUCCCUUCAGAAAAUUGCCUUUAAUAUAGCAGGGACUUCUUUAAAUUUUGAUUAUAAACUAUGCACUCUUUUCAAAAAAUCUGUGGACAUAAAAAAUGGAAAGGAAGUUUAUGAAGAUAUUCCUCCUUUUUUCCUUGCCAUAACAUUUGUGAUUUUACACGGGGGAAAAGUCAUAGUAGAUCACAUGAACAUAACAGAAGAAAAGUUUAUUAAUCUAUUAAUUGACCAUUUGAAGAACCCCAUUCAAGAAACGGGAAACAAAGUCAGCAACAGCCAAAACUUAAACAUUAUUCUUAACAAAUAUGCCAAAAAUAUGUUAAAUAAAAAGGAUAAUUCUGCAAAGCCGCGUUAG